ACAUCGUUUACACGUAACAAACAGUUGUAUACUACACAAGGAACCAACAUGGAAUCUGUACAGACAACAGACAUCACCGCUACUGACAGGAUCAACAAUGCCCUGGCUACUCUCAGAAGUGAUAUGCUUGAUAUCAGGCAACAGGAUGUCCAGUUGAUGCAGCAGCUCAUGUGUAUCAACGACAACAUAAAAACGCUGACCAAACGGAAACGGUGUUCUAGCAAACCUCUCAGGAAGAAACUAGCACUGGUUAAUGACCGAAUGAUCUUUGUCAACAUUGACGAGUCCACAUCUGAUCGACACAGACGAAGUUUUAUGUCCAGAAGCCUAACUGGAUCUCUCUCUAGCAUUGAAGGCACUUCAAAUUCCACAGAAGAUCUUAGUUCGCCGGACUCAGACAGCGACGACAGUUUGUGUGGAACCACUCACAACCAUUAGGAGGGAAUUGUGUUUUUAUUCCUUUCAAAAUCCGCAAAAAAGGAAAGUCAAAUUACGCCAGGAACAUUCGAACAAAGUAACUUUCUGAUGUGUUAUAUUGUACUGGAUAUGGAGGUAUUAACGUGAAAUCGACACACCAGCGGAAACAACUUACACGUGUAUCUGACAUACAUAUUGAAAUCCGGACAGUAAAGGACAGAACAAACUAGCCGAGCAUGGUUAGAUAUUAUAUUCCGACGGUCGUGAUGAAAGACAUAUGUGUAUUUCAUUUGACAAACAUUUGCUGAAUUCUGCCAAAUGUCAAUUUGUGUUCUAAAAAAGUGGGCGUGUAUGUGCAUGAAUGGUGUUUAAGAAAAUGACAAAUUUUAUGUAAUCUAUAUUCCGUUUAUAACCAACAGACGAGGGGUGCUUCCCAUAGAAAACACAAGCCGUAGAUGCCUGCCGAGAACAUUUAUAAUUGCAAUAAGCUUUACAACAUUUUUUUCAUUCAGACUAUCGAUUAACCGCAAUCGAUUAUGGACGUUUAAUAGACAGUAUGAGUGAGUUUGAUUGUAACUACCAUGACACACGUGCGCAUCUACGCAUGUAAGUUUGAAUGUGUAUGAAAGUGUUAAAAAAUUGUUAUGUAUUGAAUAGUUAUAUAAUUAUUGUUAUUGACAACGGUCUUAACGACUGGUAUGAAAUUGUUAUUUGUUUCAAAUUGUUAUUUGGGUAAUAAAAAUGA